UCAGUGUGUUAGUGUUUCCUACACGGCUACACGUGGAUAUUCCGGGUUUUUAAUUGUUUAUGGCUUUUUUCAAUAAACUUGGUUAAUUUCGCAAAAAAGUAAAUAAACUGAAUGAAAGUUCGUAACUUCUAAAUGCUUCGUAUUUUCCAACAAUCGGCACUAUUUACAAAUUACUGUAGUUUAUACAGAACUGUUGCUUAUCGAAAAAUGUCAGCACAAGUAGAAAAUGUAAUUGUCGAGAAUCAAGAGUCAGUAAUGGAAAGUAAGAAACGUUUGCAAAGUGAAGAAAAUGAAUUGCCGUCUAUUGAUGAAAAUGCAGCGAAAAAGCAAAAGGUAGAGCAGGAUGUGAGAAUAAAGAAACGAAAUUUCGCAAUGAUGUUGGGUUACAUGGGUAAAAAUUAUUUUGGAAUGCAAAGAAAUCCCGGAAUGGCGACAGUCGAGGAAUCUUUAAUUGAAGCUCUACUAAAAGCAGAACUCAUAAACUCAGAAGCAUUUGAGACAAUUCAGUCUAUUAAUUUUCAAAGAGCAGCCAGGACGGAUAAGGGAGUUUCAGCAGCAAGACAAGUUGUCUCUCUAAAAUUACCGGAACAUGCAAAGAUGGAAGAUAUUAAUAAAUUUUUACCAGACGAUAUUCGCGUAUUUGGAUUGAGACGAGUGACAAAAGGUUUUAACAGUAAAUCGCAAUGUGACGCAAGAACGUAUUCAUAUACACUUCCAACUUAUGCAUUUCAUGAGGAGAGUCCAGAAAUUUUGUCUACAAGUUUUACCGACGAAGAUGUGGUAAAAAGAAUAGAAGAAUUAACAACAAUAAAUGGUAAACCAUACACUGAGUUUCGAAUAACGACCGAGGCAAUAGAGAAACUCAGAAAAGUUCUCAAACUCUUUGAAGGAACACAUAAUUAUUACAAUUUCACAUCAAAAGUAAAACCAAUGGAUCCACGUGCAAGAAGAUUUAUCAUGAACUUUGACUGCACUGAUCCAUUUGUAGCGGAAGGCACUGAAUUUAUCACAUUAAAAGUGAAAGGACAAAGUUUUAUGAUGCACCAAAUUAGAAAAAUGAUUGGUAUAACUGUCGGAAUUGCAAGAAGUGUCGUUACAGACGAGGUUCUCGAUCUUGCAUUUAAUGGUGAUAAAAUGGAUAUUCCAAUGGUUCCUGGCCUAGGACUUGUGCUUAACAUUGUCCAUUAUGACUAUUACAAUAACAAAUUUGGAAAGGAUGGAAUUCACGAAAAAUUGGAUUGGGUUGAAUGCGAAGAAGAAGUUCAGAAAUUCUUCAAUGACAAUAUUAUCAAGCAUAUUGUACAAACGGAAAUUUCUGAAAAAUCAUUUUUAACUUGGUUGGGAAGUUUACCUCAUCACACUUUUUCAAAACGGGAACAACAUUCAAAUGGCACCACCAAUGAGAGCAGUGAAAAUAAUCAAACAAACGAAACAAAUGGAAAUAAUGACAGUGAUGAAAGUAAAAUGACGAGCGAAAUUAACGAAAGUAACGAAAAUAAUGAAAUUAAUGAAAUUAAUAAGAAUAACGAAAAUAUGGAAAAAAGUGAAAGUAUUAUUGAAAAAAGUGAAAAGGCAACGGUAUAAAAUUUCAACUUUCUCAAUG